AGGUGGGUCGGCUUUUGAAAAAUCUGACUUCACGUACCGGAAACUGUAAUACGCUGCAGACUUGACUUCGUUGGAAGUUCGUUAUGCCGCUGAUUAGAUAGACGGAAUAAGGUUGUUCGGUAUUGAGAUGAUAGACAACAUGUGUGAGAACUCGAGCAUGGUGGCGGAAAUCUUCCUCUUUCUAGAAGGUUUCAGUGAUGAGAUGGAACAGAUCCAGUGUUUCUGCAGCAGAGCCUACGUACAUGAUCGGAAACUUUAUCGGAUGGGAUUAACGAGGGCGUGUUAUGACUAUGAAGAUAGUGGAGAUAUCCAAGAAGAAGAAGACAAGAGUGAAGAAGACUUGAAUGUUGAUGAGCUGACUCUUAAUACUGUACAGGCUCAGGAAGAAAGUGGAAUGGAUAGUGAGGCAGAACUGAUGGCAAAAAUGGGAUUACCUCUCCAGUUUGGAAGGCCUUCAACCCAUAGGCAACCAGUGAUAUUCAUUGUUUCAAAGAAAAGGGCCAAAAAGAAAAAAUCAACUUGUAAGCACACGGAGGAUCAGACUGAAGUUUGUGAAGGAUAUCCAGAAGAGUUUUUAAAUGGCAUUUCUGAUGUCACUGACUUGGAGUUGACUGAUUACAAAACAGAUUUUGAAGUAGAAAAUGCUGGUGUCGAUCAUUCAAGUGAUGGAGCAGCGGCUUCUGAACUCGAGUCCGAAACAGACUGGGAUAAAUAUUGGAAUCAGUAUGGUGAGGGUAUUCUUUGGGAAAAUUGGUUGCGCAAACACCCUGAGUGGUCAGAAGACUCAUGUGCACCUUGGAACUCUCUUGACACCAAGGAUCAGUGGCAACAGUUUUAUGCUGAUCAGUAUUGGCUAUAUUAUGAGCAGUUUCAGUACUGGGUAGAUCAAGGAUGGUCUGUGGAUUGUACUGAAGAAAGUGAACUUGGAAAAGAUCUAUCUUGCACACAUGUAGAUGAAAUGGAAGACUCUUUCAUUAGUACUGCAAAUAAUUCUCAAGAACAUUUCAAGACUCUGAUGCCAGCAGAAUCUACUAGUGCAUCAUGUGGAGAAAGUUUUGAGUGUAAUAAAGUUAGUUAUGGAGAAGUUGUCAGUUUGAUCAAUAAUAUAAGACUCAAUUCAGAAAAUGAGACCAAGCAAUCAACUGGUUUGAAUAGCAAUAUCUGCUGGAGUUCUGCUGAUGAGAAAGAGCCAUGUAAUGGAACCAAGAGCAAACGAUCUGCAUCUGGUGGAAGAAUCUCCACACUUCAUUCAGCAGAUCCUCGUAAAACUUCCAACAAAGCUUUAAAAACUGAUAUUACAGCAGGAAAGAGCCACACCAGUGAAGAUGAAGGUGAUCCAACUGAACCUAGACCAGUAAAGAUGAAAAGAAGUCAUGAACUUGAUGCUGAAGAGAAUCCAGUUGUGGCAUUGGAAGAUGCAUACUUAGCUCUUGGCUUCAAGUGCCAGACCAGUAAAAGCAUUUCAAAAUUUGGGCAUGCACGGUAUCGUAAAUUCACUGAGUUGACGUCCAGACACCUUGAUUUGCAUCAGCUGCCAGCUACCAAAAAUAAACACACAUUCUUCAGUGAAGAAGAAGACCUUGUGAGAUUUAAGAAGAGCAGAACCUUAGAAAAGGUGCAAAGAUUUUUAAAACAAGUGCCUUCAAAUGACCCUCUGUCAACUAACAUAGAGACUCCACCUUGUGUGGUACACAGCUCUGAGGAAUGCAACAGUUCUGAGGAGCACCACAGUCCUAAAGCAGAGAGCUGCAUUGUAUGUGAGAAAAGCAACAGGGGAAAUGGAGAUGAUGGAACUUGUGCUGAUGGGAAAUUCGUAAAUCGUGUCAGUGUUCCUUCCAAAUUGAAUAAAUGCAUUCAAGGCAACAAUGAACAGCUUCCUGAAAAGUAUGAUGUGACUCCUGCUUCUGCCAAAAACUUUGAACCACAUUCUGACAGACGGCUGGUUCCUAUGGAUAUUCCAGACUUCCUUCUUCCUGAUGCUGAUGUAACUGAGAGGGAUGAUGAAUUGCAAACCACAAAGAAUAUUAGGAAGGACAAAAAAAGAAGGAAGAAAAAGAAGAAAGUUAUUGAUAUUCCCUUUGACAUAGUAGCAGUUCCAGAAUUGACCAAAUACUGGGCCCAGCGUUAUAGACUGUUUUCACGCUUUGAUGAGGGAAUUAAACUUGAUCAGGAAGGCUGGUUUUCGGUCACUCCUGAGAAGAUUGCUGAGCACAUUGCCAAUCGUGUCAUGCAGAGUUCUCAUUGUGAUAUCAUUGUUGAUGCAUUUUGUGGAGUUGGAGGCAAUUCAAUUCAGUUUGCGUUAGCUGGGAAAAGAGUGAUUGCUGUUGAUAUUGAUCCUGUGAAAAUAGAUCUUGCACAAAACAAUGCUAGAGUCUAUGGAGUGUCUGAACAGAUUGAAUUUAUCCUUGGUGACUUCAUUCUGCUGGCUUCUGACCUAAAGGCUGAUGCUGUGUUCCUCAGUCCUCCAUGGGGAGGCCCUGAUUAUGUCAAUGCAAAAAUCUUUGACCUGAAGACUAUGAUGUCUCUUGAUGGCUGUGAAAUCUUUGCACUUUCCCAGAAGAUCUCACCAAACAUAAUUUAUUUUUUACCUCGCAAUGCUGAUGUAGAACAGGUGGCAUCCUUAGCUGGAGCAGGAGGACAAGUAGAAAUUGAACAGAAUUUUCUCAACAACAAACUGAAGACAAUCACUGCUUAUUUUGGUGACUUAAUCCAGAAUGAGUAGGGCAAUUUAAAGAUCAGCAUUUGUAUAAUUUGUUUGUUCCAAAUAAAGCUUUAACUGGUA